CGUCACUCUUUGUUGUUGUGCUGCUGUAUUGUUUACAAAGUACAUUACUUCAAUUUAUUAAUAUUUUAAUUGGUGAAACUAAUAUUUGAAGCACUUACAACGAUAGUUGAGAUAACAAUUAAAGAUACGUAAUUGUUUUAUCGUGUGUUCCGUUACUUGCUAGGUGAUAUUUAGUUUACGUGCCUCCGACAGUGCGCGCUAGACUUGUGUGUGAAAUAUUGCAACAAUAAAAAACAAUUACCUACGAAAAUGUUAGAUAAAGGUGCUGUUUAUUACCAAAAAGUAAAAGGACCAGCUCUAAUGUAUACAAAGUCGGUGCAAUGUAGUAAAAUUACGAACACAGUUAAGACUGUUGUGGCUUGUGGUGCAGUUCUUGUUUUAGUUGCAACGACCUUGAUUCUAAUUCAACCUGAAUUACCAACUCGCAUCAUAAGCAAGGUCCCGACUUAUUUUUCAAUGAAAUCCUACUUUCGUGCUAAAACGUUUGCAAUUUUACGGGGACAGCAAUUGGGUAAAACUAAAUUACGAGCUUUACCACGUUUGAGUGAUGAGGAAAAGAAAAUAGUGUCAUGCUAUUACAAUACGCCCAGUGCUAACGGGACGGGCCAGCUGCUGCCCGCGGACAUCCACCCGCACCUGUGCACGCACAUCAACGUUGCCUUUGCCCGGGUCGUGAAUAAGGAAAUUCAUCUAGACGACGUACAGUAUCAAGCUCUACGUGAUAUUGUGAAACUUAAGAAAGUAAAUCCUGAUUUGAAAAUUUUGAUUUCUGUGGGAGGUUCUGGAAAUGAAGAUGGUUUCUCUGAUAUGGUUAUCAAUCAUGCAUCCAGAAAAGUGUUCAUAAGAUCUCUAAAAUGGUUACUGCGGAACUAUACAUUAGAUGGAGUAGAUCUUGAUUGGGAAUUUCCAGCUGUGCACCUGGACACAUUCAUCCUUGGAGGCAAACGGGAGAGACAACAUUUUUCUCAGUUAUUGUAUGAAAUCCGACGUGAAUACAUUAGAGAGAAAAGAGAUUACUUACUCACUGUGGCCGUUGCUGCACCAGAAACAAUAGUUGAUAUUUCUUAUGAUAUUGAUCAAAUUAAUUUAUAUACCGACUAUGUGAAUGUUAUGACGUAUGACUUUCACUAUUUCACCACAUACACUCCAUUCACUGGAUUUAACUCACCACUAUUCGCACGGCACGGGGAGCAAAUGUAUCUAGCCUCACUGAAUGUCAACUACACUGUCCACAUGUACUACAGCAAAGGGCUGAGUCUGAGUAAAAUCGUAGUCGGUAUACCCACUUAUGGCCACACUUUCACUCUCGUGAACCCUGGCAACACCAGAGUGGGGAGCCCGGCUUCUGGAUACGGCUCCCUCGGAGGCAUGGGCUUUGUCAACUAUCCAGAAAUAUGUACAUUUGUAAAAAAAUUCAACGACGUCAUAAUUCAAGAGGACGUAGAGGCCAAAGUACCGUAUCUCUACAGAGGCCGGGAGUGGGUCUCGUUCGAGUCCCCGCAGAGCGUGGCGGCCAAGGCGGCGUUCGUGCGCGCGGCGGGGCUGCGCGGCGCCAUGAUCUACUCGCUCAACGCCGACGACUACCGCGGCGUGUGCCGCGCUCGCGGCGGACAACUUAAAUUCCCACUACUUCAGUCUAUCAAGAAUUCCCUCUUUGGCAACGACACUGCGAAUUAGGCGCAAGCGACGAGAAAUGAAGAAAUUAGCAAGAACCAGCAACCAGUCAAGUGUGAAAAAUGAAUAUGAAACGACGGUGCAUGCGUUUUUUGAGUGGUUUACCUGUUUUUUCCUGGUCACAUAUGUAAUUUUGUACAUGGCGCAGGAUUUCAUAGUAAGAGUGUGCGUCAGGCGCUGCGGCGGGCGGCGUGGGGCGCUGUGAGCGCGGCGCGCGCGGCGGCGGCGGCGGCACUGGAGUGGCGGCCGCCCCACGCGCGUGCUCACCCGCACAGAACCGCACGCGCAUUCAUUAACCGUCGCAUUAACUUUUACAGUUUGAAAAAAUCUAAGAGUUACUUUACUGUUUCGCGUUUCCACUCGACCGAGUAUGUUGCAGUACACUUGAUAAUUUUAAAUCGGUUAUCCGCCCACGGCCUGUAUUGCUGCACACACUUGCUGUUUAGCUCAGUGUGUUUGCCAGUGAUCUUGACCACUUGUUCGUGGGCUGUAAGGUGGGCGGUGGCAAUGACAUUAAACGCCUUGUCAAAAUACUACCUUUACCUUUCGAUUGAAUAUGUACCUACCUACCUAUAUUACUACUUAUAAGGUCACUAGGUAUUUAAACAAAAAACAUAAUCUGGCGCAGUCUGGUAAAAAACUAUAACAUAUACCUACUUUAUAAGUAAAUAAACUAAUAAUAAUAAUUGUGGAAAAAAAACUUAUUUGUGUUGUAACAUCUAACUAAUAUUAAAUGACUCCAUAAGUUCCAUAACUUAACUCAAAAAUUCUUGUUAUUAUUAAAAUUACUAGAUUACCUAUGUGUCCAAGUGUCCACUAAGGACAUUUUCAAACUUUUGCAAUUUGAAGGCGUGUUAUAAGACAGAUAAGCUAAUGAAAUAAAUGUUAAAGUUACUCUUCUUCUAGUGUCAUCUUGCUUUAUAAACUUUAUAUUUGUAUACGGUGAUAUUGAAAAAGCCAUAGUAUUAUUGUAAUGUGUAAAUGUAUUUACUUAUGUAAUUAAGUAACUGAGCUCUUUACAAGACUGAACAGUUUUUAGUCGAACGCGGCUCCACAAGUAUUAGACACAGGUCACACUUUCACGGUCGAUUUAGAUCUUUAGACUGAUGAUACAAACAAAAGUCUUAGUAACUAGCACCUGAUUGCACCAAGCGCUUUGACGAGUUUCGGGUGACUAUGACACAGACGUGACCGCAAGUUACCGCGACCUUUUUUGAGAGUUGAAUUCGCGCCUGGAAUGUUUUCAAAUUAGAAAUAUGACUAACAAAACUUCUCAUUUCCAGACAAUAUAAUCGUGAUGUAGGUAUCACUUCCGAUUCCGUU